AUAUUCCUCCGACGAGCACGUGAUGACGUCAAAAUAUGGCGUCUCAAUCAGCUGGAUGUUGUGUAGAGUGUGCCUGCGAUGCCUGUCUUUAGAAAACUAACGGAGACUACCGUCUGUCCGGCGAAAUACCAACGACGACCAAAUGCACCGCGAAACCGCGAGAGAACGAGAGAGAGCAGAAGAAAGAGAGAGAGAGAGAGAGGAGAGAGAGAGAGAGAGAGAGAGCAGAAGAAAAAGAGAGAAAGAGAGAAGAUGUAAAUAGCGCAGUCAAAUUCCGGCGACAGCCCGUCGACAGCAUUGGCUCUGACCGAACGAUCGUCGUCGUCACGAUCGAACGCAGUGACACGGAAUUCGCAGAGAGGCGGCUGAAUUUCAAAUGACCAAGAGACUCUACCCAACAUGCCACCGGAUAGGCCAGAUGCAUCAGGUAUUGAAACUGACAUAGAAUUGAAUUCUACUCAGGAUUUUAAUUUCGGAGAAGCAGCCUAUACGAUGAACGAUAAAGAGAAGGAGAACGCCAGUGUGCUGGUCGAAUCAAAAGCAACCAACAACGAAUGCCAGAGUGAAAUUUCUAAGUGUGAAAAAUCCAUCGAGAAGAACAGUCAGUCAGACGACGAAUUGACUUCGCUCAGCUGGCUGCAUCAACAAAAUUUACUUAAGGGUUUAGAAAUUUCUAACCCAUCCAAGGAUAUGAAGCAUGAGAAUAUGCUGAACAACAAUGUCUGCGACGAUAUGGCGGAUUUUUCCGAGAACACGAAUUCCAUAUCGAGUUUGGACGAUAGUUUCUGUCCAGAGAGUAAUGGAAAAACGAAUGUCGUAACGCUGAACGGAAAUGGACAAAACUAUCAGCAUCCCGCGAAAAAUUGUCAAAAGUCGAUGCAUAUAUUUCAGGAUCAGUCUGUGAAAAAUCACUGCAAUACAUCACCAAGUAAUCAAACGAAGAUUUCUUUGAGCAACAAUAAUUUGCCAAUGUCUAAUCGCAACAAGCAUCCUACCCAUAUACCGUAUGAUCCUCAUUUACACAGAAAUAGUAAACCACCGUAUUCAUUCUCCUGCCUGAUAUUUAUGGCCAUCGAAAACAGUCCUGUAAAAGCGCUUCCGGUGAAGGAGGUUUACGCCUGGAUCUUGGACCACUUCCCGUACUUUAGGAACGCUCCCACCGGCUGGAAAAAUUCUGUCAGACACAAUCUGAGUCUUAACAAGUGUUUUCGCAAGGUGGAGAAAGCUCCGAAUUUGGGCAAAGGAUCGUUAUGGAUGGUAGAUGCACAAUACCGCCCAAAUCUGUUACAAGCGUUAUCUCGCGCCCCCUUCCCGCCACCUACUACUCAGAAUCUAUCUUCGUCGGAAAAAUCGCCCAGGAAAUGCGCAAACACACGUCUCCCAGAUCCAAUUCUCUUUCCAUACUUAUCCAAAAGACUGGCUUCUAGCAAUAUCAGUGAUAGCACAGAAACUGAAGUAGAUAGCGAUGUUGAUGCAGCGGCAGCUGCUAUGCUUUCUUUCAAACACGGACCUAUCAUUUUGAAUCACAAUAAAGAUCGUAAACGAAAAUUGCCGGAAUCCGAAAAGUUGGUGCCUGUAAUCACCAGGAGUUCCAGCGAAGAUCAUACUUACAGUUGUAUUACCUCGUUAAAACUGGGAAGUAAAAAUUCAAACGAAGACGAGACAAAUCCAGAUUUCGAUGAACAGAGGAAGAUAGCGGAGGGUGCGGACGCGCUUUUGAACCUGGCUGGUGUCAGUACACUAAGUCAUUGUAGAACUCAUCACGUGUCGUCACAAGAUAUUAAUCCAGCGCCAAAAGUGGAGGGGAUUUCGAAACCAAAAAGACGUUCUACUACGAGUGAUUAUUCAAGUACUCCUGAGAAAAGACGUAAGAGAUGGCGAGAAUGGAGGGAUGGGAGUCGGUACCUAAAGCAGAUUAGGGGUUAACAUUAACUAAUUUUGUUACAUUUCAGAAAGUGUAUAACUGAGAGCUUUCCAUUUUCGCGCGCGAUGAGUGGGAAAGAAAAAAAACUUGAAAAUUCUAUCGUCUAGUGACAAAUUUCUAAAACGAUUCACGUUUUAUAUAGUAUUGUCGGUAAAUUCUACAUGCAAUUUUUCUGAAAACGCGACAAAACCACUUUGGAGGUCUCUUUGAUUUUGUUUGUUGACCACAUACCACACAAUACACACACACACACACACACACACACACACCAUAAAUACAGUAUACGCACGGUAAAUUCUUCCAUGAUUUCUAGUAUGUGCCGAAGAGAGAACGAGAAUCGGAUGCAUUUUGAAAUGAUCGAUGUGGUUGCUCAGGGUUUACAACAUGCUGUAUGCCAAAAUACAUUCGGUAGCACUAAACAACAAGCAAUAAUAGGAAUGUAGUGUUAAAGAAAUACUUUUUAAACAUGCUGUUGAAACGAUGAUAACAUAGUUCGUGAAAUAUCAAUGAAAGAAAUUAUUACAUACCGAACUAAGUAAUGAUAACCUUUUUAGAACUGUUGUGACGAUUAUACAUAUUAAUUCAUAGAGAGUUUAAUUAAUGAUAGAGUUCUAUAUCAGUUUUUCUUUUGUAGAUAUGUAUAGAGGCAUAAUUAACAUCUACGAGAUCUCUCACAAGGGUAACUCACAAGGGACUGGUAGUUACGUUUCAUUGAAAUGAAAAAAAAGUCGGAAGAAAUUGUUCUUGUUACUCUUGUAACAGAUCUUGUAUAUAUUCGCGCGAUAGAGAAAUCGAUAAUAUAUUUGAAACAAUUACACGCAUACAUAUUUCUAUGUAUAUGUGUAUAUAUGUACAUAAAACGUAUGUACGUGCAUAUAUAUGCAGAUGUACACAUUACACACAUUAAGAUUAACAUACUCAGUCAUAUAUAUAUACAUAUGUGUACAAGGUGUUUGCAAAUUACGCUUGGAAAUAGCGGUGGAGUUUUAGUGAGAAACGCUGAACGCUGGAAGUUCUCAUUCGUUUGUUCACUUUUAAAAGCGGUUUUCAAUUUGUUUCUAUUUCACGAUUUAAUCGAUUGCGAGUUGUACUUGAUCGAUCAACUGUCUGUGAAUCAUGCGUAAUUGUACAAUAUAAUUGUAUUUCCCACAGAGAAACAAUAUUUCCAAUUUUCCUAAUCUAAAGUCUAUUUCUUGGAAUAAAAGAAAGUAGUAAAUAUUUUUUAUGAUUUGGCUUUUUAAGAAAUUCCUAUUGUACGGUGCUUUUGAAUGUGAAACUGAGCACACCUUGCAUAUAUAUAUAUGCGUACCCACGCGCGCGCACAUACACACAUACACACACAUACACGCCAUGUGCAUCAUUAUCAUGUACAACAUAGUGCCACAAACGUAUUAUCAAAAGCAAAAAACGGAAAACAAAUAUUGAGGUAUGCUCACACACAAAAGACGGUUCCGAAACAAAGAAAUUUGAUUAUUUCGUCGUGCCCUUUUCUACUCUUUGUGGCUUUCAAGAUGAUUUUCGACAGUGUUGUACAUAUGUAGACCUUCUAAUGUAUCCACAGACCAGUUUUGGGAUUCAGUUGGAGACUGAAUGUGUUACAAUUAACGCCGAUAAUAUCGAUUGGGCGGGCACGAGAAGGGAAAGAGAGAAAGAGAAGGAUAGCGCUACACAUGGAGACAUCUUAUUUUUAUAAAAGAAACCUGUAAUGCUAAGGUAAAGUUUGAUAAUACCAUGUAAUUGUAAGAUACACGCGCGCGUGCGCCACAGCUAGCAGGCGCUUGUGAAACAAAAUAUUAGGACAAACUGGUCUUGCAUACAUUAUAAAAAGAAAAAAAAAAUACGUAGUUCUAUAUAGAGAGAACAUAUAUUUUUACAGGGCGCUGCCCGCGUGAUAAAAGCUCUUCCUAAUAAUUCGCUGGUAUGCAGUUUAUUAGCUUAAAAAUCACUAUACAAAGUAUAAAUAUAUAGUAAUUCGAACGACAUUAUACGAACACGCUGUUGUAGCGCAACCUGAUCGAUUUUUAUUACAUAUCAUCAAUUCGUGGUGCGUGAAGUUAUAUACUACUAUGUCAAAACUCUUGUAAGCUCUCACCUCGUUUGCCUCGUUUCUACAACCGAGUCAUUAACACGUUGACUGCAGCCGGGUGGGGAGGAAGAGGCAGUUUCAAUGGGGUGACCCCACUCAGUGAGGUAAAACACAAUCACGCGUGAUGAUGUAGUUCAAAUGCAGUUAAUAUUACUUUAUCAUCACACGCGCAUUGUGCGCUUGCGCGAUAAUGAGGAUUUCAUUGUGGUGUAGGGGCGGCAAGAUGGUACAAAACUCGCUGCAGGGCAGUCGACUUGUUGAUAUAUCUCUCGAUCUAAGGAUAAGAAAAAGAUUAAAGCGCAGAACGCUAUUCUUAUAACGCGCAAUUACGUGCAAUUGUAUAUGUAGGAGUCAAGUAGUAGUAUUGUAAUUUAAUGAUGCUUUUGUAAAAUAUUCAACGGCACACCUUUUUACGUUGCUACCGCAUACAAUGUUAUUUGAGAUAUUGGAAAGAUCGGUCGUGACGGUCAGAAGUUUGAAACUUGAAUUCGAAAUGUACAAUGGACAGGGUGCGCUACAGCAAUUAUUUAAUGUGAUUGUAGCUAGUCAGCUACACUACAGAAAUAAACUAAUGAAUAAUUCAACGUGUAGGUGCAAGAAAGAAUGCCAUGCUCAAUGUAAUAUUGAUUCGGUUGUAAUAUCGUUAAACAAGGAAAAACGGGUCUUCAAAACUGUCCCAUUUGUUUUAAUUGAAAGUUAUUCUACUUACUGCUACGUUCUGCUACUUGUAUUAAGCGUGCUCUGCUCAACACUACGUACUUUACGCGAAAUUUGUUAUAAAUAGUUACAAGCAAUCUAAUAUUUUUUGUUUCUUUUUUUUUUCUUUAUUUCGUCGUUAUUAUCUGUGAUACUAUUGCAAAAGUUAGUACGAUAUUAUAUCGUUGUUAUACUUCCGCGCGCGAAUGAAAGUUUUAAAAUUCUAUGUAUUAUGUUGUAUUUAUAGAACGAAAGAAAAAGUGAGAGAGAGAGAGAGAGAGAGAGAGAGAGGGAGGGAGAGAAAGUUAUCUCUAUAUAAACUAUGAAUAUUAUUAAUUAAUUGGCAUUCUUGCUCACACCUCGAAUACUCUAUCCUCGUAUCGAUUAAACAACAAACUGGCAUCUUUAAACUGAUAAUGUAUGGAAAUUAAAUGUUAAAGCUUCACGAUUUGUUACACAUUCUCUUAGUCUAGUUCUCGUUUGCUACGACUGAAGAUCUGUUCUUCCAUGUAGUUAAUUCUAAAUUACUUAGGGGGUGGGAUGCCAUUUAUUAUCGUAAAGUACGUGUAGCUAAUCGAUAGGUUAUUGAAGCGAUAGAUUAAUCGAUUAGUGACGUAAUUGUAAAGCAAUACAACAGUAAAUCCUGGCAUUGGGCGCAAUACUCUAGUCAGCCGGUUUCCUAGGAGAUGAAGUGGGAUUUGUGUGCAAUGCGUUAGUCACGAGGUCAGGAGUCAGCGGAGCGAUAGACUGUUUUUAUUCUACAAUUGCGUUAUGUAGAGAAAAGAAAAAAAAAUAAAUAAAAAAAGUAUUAAGAUCGCAUAUUUGUAACAUAGCGCCGACUCAUCGUACGAAUGCUAAAUUCACAGGUAGAUCACAAUUCGUUUCAAAUUUAUUACGGUUAUUUUUGUGCGGAAGCGUACUACUAUUGUAACCGGCUGACAGGCGAAGUCACGUGUAUGACAAAGACACCAAAAAGCAAAGUAUGGAGCAAAGCAGAUUAUGAUGUGUAACCAGCUAGGG